AUGGUCCAUCUAGCUACCAUCAAUAGGGAGGGCGACGUCGAGAAGGGCAUUGUCAAGGAGGUCAAGGAAGCUCACCUUCAGCUUGCCCAAGAUGCCGAUGCCUUCACCACCUCAGUCUACGGCUCCAAGUUCGCGGGCGAGGAUCUGCCCCGCCAUGAGAUUCCCGAGCAGGAGAUGCCCAAGGAGGUGGCGUACCGCAUGAUCAAGGACGAGCUGAGCCUCGAUGGCAACCCUAUGCUCAACUUGGCGUCGUUUGUCACCACCUAUAUGGAGGACGAAGCCGAACAGUUGAUGAAGGACUCCUUCUCCAAGAACUUUAUCGAUUAUGAAGAAUAUCCUCAAUCUGCCGACAUCCAGAACCGUUGCGUGUCGAUGAUCGGCAGGCUGUUCAACGCCCCGGUUGGCAAUGGUGCUCAAGGUGCUGUCGGUACCUCCUGCAUCGGCAGCUCGGAGGCCAUCAUGCUGGCCGUCUUGGCCAUGAAGCGGCGCUGGAAGAACCAGAGGAAGGCCGAGGGCAAGCCCUUCGACAGCCCCAACAUUGUCAUGUCGUCCGCCGUCCAGGUCUGCUGGGAGAAGGCCACGCGCUACUUCGAGAUUGAUGAGCGACUCGUCUAUUGUGAACCAGACCGCUACGUGAUUGACCCAAAGCAGACGGUGGAUCUGGUUGAUGAGAACACCAUCGGGAUCUGCGCCAUCUUGGGAACGACGUAUACUGGCGAGUAUGAGGAUGUCAAGGCAGUCAACGAUCUCUUGAUCGAGAGGGGACUGGACACGCCUAUCCACGUUGAUGCGGCCAGUGGCGGGUUCGUUGCUCCCUUUGUCAUGCCGGACCUCGAGUGGGAUUUCCGCCUCGAGCGAGUCGUCUCAAUCAAUGUUUCCGGCCACAAGUACGGCUUGGUGUAUCCUGGUGUCGGCUGGGUCGUCUGGCGCGGGGCAGAGUAUCUGCCUCAAGAGCUGGUGUUCAACAUCAACUAUUUGGGUGCUGACCAGGCGUCUUUCACGCUCAACUUCAGCAAGGGCGCCUCGCAGGUCAUCGGCCAGUACUACCAACUGAUUCGUCUGGGCAAGCACGGCUACCGCGCCAUCAUGUCCAACCUCACCCGGACGGCUGACUACCUGAGCGACUCGCUCGAGGCGCUCGGCUUCAUCAUCAUGUCCAAGAAGUCGGGACAAGGCCUUCCGCUCGUCGCCUUCCGGCUGCAGCCCAACAAGGACCGCGAGUUUGACGAAUUUGCCCUUGCGCAUGGACUGCGAGUCCGCGGUUGGGUCGUGCCGGCGUACACCAUGGCUCCGCACACCAACCAGCUGAAGAUGCUGCGUAUCGUCGUCCGCGAGGAUUUCACCAGGAACCGGUGCGACGCGCUGAUCUCCGACAUCCGGUCAACCAUUGCCCUUCUGCAGAACAUGGACAAGGAGAGCAUCAGGAAGCAGCAGGAGUUCAUCCACAAGCACCACACUGCCAGCGCGAGAGCGCAGCACAACCACCCCAGGUUCAAGAAGGAGAAGCACUCUCUUCAAGGCAAGACUGGAAAGACCCAUGCUGUUUGUUAA